AUUCGUGAGUUGGAUUUGAGUGCGUGCACAGCUGAAAAGUGAAAUGCAAACGGCUGUAUUUUUCUAUAUACUCGAUGCGACUGGUACAUGGUGUGUAGAAUCCGAAAAGCACAAAACUCUGUCCAAGGAAGCACGCAGAAAGGAAAUCAGCAAGGAAAAUUGUGAAAAGUGAAGUGAAGUGAAAGAGACUUAAACAGUAAAUUUGAAAUGAUGGUGUAAUUGAGAUAAAAGACAAAAAGUGAAUUGAAUUUAAAUAUAAAUUUAGAGACUAUUUUCAUGGUGUAGUUGUCGGACCGAUUAAGAGCAAACAUUUCGAGAUCAAUAUUCAAUUAUUGGUUGUGUUGGCAUGUUAAGUGUGUUCGAUGCCGGUGCGGUUAAGUGUCGUCUAUGGCCGAAUCCGUUAAAAGUCAAUCGCUCUCUGCAUUGACGGAGGGGCAGCACGACGACGGUGGUUCAACAGCAAUAGCAACAGCAACAACAGCGACAUUGGUCAAUAAUAUCGGUGCGUCCAAUACCACAAUUUCAUCCAAUCACUCGUCCCACCGGCGACGCAACAACAACAACAACAACGCAAGCAAAAGCAAGAAACGCAACACGCCGGCAACAUCAUCAGGUCCUGCCGUCAGCUCCUCCGUCGCCGUAGUAGCCGCCACCUCGACUGCAACUGUAACUGCAACUGCAACCAGCUCCAGUCGUCGAUCACGCAGUCAAGGACGCCACUCCUCUGCAACAGUCAACAGCAGCAAGGAGUCGCUAAUCUCCAAGCGCACGACUGCAGCAUUUCGUUCCCCAUCAUCGCCAGCAUCCAACUUUAUCCCGAUCUCAAGUGAUCAAUCGCCUUCACCCGGCAGCCGCAAGCGUCAUCAUCAUCAUCAGCACAACAGCAGCGGCUGCAACACCGCCAGCAGCAGCAGCAGCAGCAGCAGCAACAACAACCACACUCGCAGUAGCCACCAAUCGGCGCCCGGUGGAGAUCAGCUGGUGGAGCUUUGUUCGCCACUCAAGAAACGUCGCCUGCAGCAGUCCUUGGGAUCAGCAGUCGCCGGAGGAGCAGCAGUUAGCGUCGACCAGACGCCUCGCGAGGCAUCCGGAGAUUGUGUUGCUCAGCGCACGCGAUCCAAGACCAUUUCCCCAGAGGAGCUGCCAAGUACGAGCAGCGCUGCGGCUGCGGCGCGUCAUCAUCACCACCACCACCAGAUCCGGGCCAGUGCCAGCUCUAGCAGCUUUCCGGCCAGCAACCGGAACAAGCGCAAGGCCAGUGCUGGAGGAUCGGGAGCUGUGGUCGACACCACUCCCCAACGAGGGGCAACAAUUGCUCGUGCCGGACGCAGCGGUAAUCUGCUGAACUACUAUCGCAAAACGCGCAAGGUCAGCCACACACGCUCCUCCCACAAGCCCGAAAAGCACCUGGGACAGCCGGAGGAGACUGCCACCACCAGCCGGAACGGAUCAACGGGAUCCGGAUCCAGCAGCAGCAGCAAGCCGGGUGCGAACAGCAAGUACAGAAAGAGCCUGCGCCACUCGCAGCAGAAUCAGCAGAAUCAUCAGCUGGACACAGAGAGUGCAGGAGCCGAAAGACUUGGUGCUGAAGCUGGAGCUGGAGCUGAAGCUGAGCAGCAGCAGCCGGUGCACGGGAAUCUGGACGUGGAGGACCAGCUGCCGACCCUUGAGGCGGCUCUGAAUCACACAGAGGCAGCAGUAAACCACACUCAGGGUCAAUUGGAGGCGGAGGGCCAACCGGAGGUGCAGGACGACAACGACGAGGACGAGGACGACGACGAGGAAGAGGAAGCGGAAGAAGAGGAGGAGGAGGAGGAAGUGGGCUUCUACGAGAUCGUAAACUCAGCCGACUCGUCGUACGAGGAAGACGCCCAGAUCGUUGCCGAGGAGGACGAGAUCACAACGGAAGAGGACGUCGACGACGAGGAAGACGACGACAUCGAGGAGGACGAGGACAUCGAGGAGGAGGAUCUCUCUGAGAGCGAAUUCGCCCAGCAGUUGAUUGGUGAACUUGGUGGAGAACAACAAGAACAACAACAACCACAACCACAACGUGCCAGCAGCACCAUUAAAACAACCAAGAACAACACACCGGCGGCAGCAGGAGCACCAGCAGCAUCAGCAGCAGCAAACACUAUAAGGGCGACAACAUCAGCAACAACGUCGUCCGGCUAUCAGCAACGUGCCGCCCCCCAUGGACAGGGGGCGGGGCCAGGCGCCGGAGGGGGAGGGCCACGUGCCACGCGCAGCAGCAAUAGCAACACCAGCAACAACGUUGUUGACUACAGCAUUAUGCCGCACCUCACGACGGCUACAACAACUACGCCAUAUGCCUUGACACCACAGCAGCAGCAGCAGCAACAACAACCGCCACAACCUCCUUCGCAACAACAAGCACACCAACAACAACAACAACAACAACAACAGCCACCUCAAUUGCUGCCCACACAUCAGUUUGCACACUUGUCUUCCUUUGUGACACCAACAGCAGCAGCGGCAGCAGCAGCAGCAGCAGCGGCGGCCCACUAUCCCCCAGCUUCUGCUGCUGCCGCUUAUUUUGCACAGCAGCAACACCAUCAACACCAGCAUCAGCAUCAGCAACACGUGCAGCAGCAGCAGCAACCACCGCAGCCGCACUACUAUCAUAGUUCUGUGGCCGUGUUGCAUCAACCACCACCGCACCAUUUUACCUCCACAGGGGCAGGACCACCGCCGGCACUCUACCAGCAACAACCGCCGCCGCCGCCGCAGCUAACACGCUACACGCCGGCAACAGCGACUACAGCGGCCACGUUUGUGCCCCCGCAGCAGCAACAGGUUGCGUACAAUCCACAACAACAACAGCAGCAGCAGCAGCAGCAACAACAACACUCCUCACUGCGACGCAGUUCACGUGGCAAGACGGGUUCUUGUGUGAGUUCGGCAGCAGCAGCACAGCAGCAGCAGCAGCAACACCACCAGCAGCAACAGCAACAUAGCAACGCUGCUGCUGCUGUACAACAGCAAUUGCUGCCACCGCCUGGUACCUAUCAAUACCAACAGGUGGGCGGCAAUACCGUUGUAGUUGCCGUGCGUCAUCAGCAACAGUUGCAACAGCAGCAGCAGCAGCAACAACAACAGCAACACUUGGCUUUACAUCAGCAGCAGCAACAACAACAACAGCAACAUCAGCAUCAGCAGCAGCGUGCUACGCUCGUACAGCCGGGAUUCUUAUUCAGCUAUCGCAGCAAUCAUCCCCAGCAGCAACAACAGCAACAACAACAACUGACACAACAAAUACAUCAGGGGCCCAAAGUGACACAUACCAGUGCAGCUUCGGAUGCUUUAACAUAUAGUUUGAUGGCACAGCAACCGCCAAGUGGACCGCCGCAUGCAGGUGGACAGCAAAUAACGCCAGGUGCCAAUUCAGCCAAUCUCAGCAUUGUAGCGGCCGCUCUGAGUGCCGCCCGUGACGUCGGAGGAGGAGGUGCCGGCGCAGGAGGAGGAGGACCAGCAGGAGGAGGCGCCACAGCAGCUGCCCCAGCCACUGGGUCAUCAUCUGCACCCGGAGGAACCAGCAGCGCCGUGGGCGCAACGAGCAGCAACAACAGCAGUGCCGGCCAACCAGCCAGCAACAGCAACAGCAGCAGCAGCAGCAACAAUGUGACUGUGCCGGGAUCAGGGUCGACUCCAGGCGGUGGAGGACCCACAGCCACCGGCACGAGCGGUGGUGCCGGCCAGCAUGGCAGCGGAUCGGGUGGUGCUGCUGCCGCCGCCGCCGGCGCCGAUUCCGAAAGCGAUGACAGCGAGGUGGGUCGUCUGCAGGCCUUGCUGGAGGCGCGCGGAUUGCCGCCUCACCUGUUCGGAGCACUUGGGCCGAGGAUGACGCACAUCCUUCAUCGCACCAUUGGCAACAGCAGCAGUUCGAAGGCCAAUCAAUUGCUGCAGGGACUGCAGUCGCACGACGAAUCCCAGCAGCUGCAGGCUGCCAUCGAAAUGUGUCAAAUGCUGGUGAUGGGCAACGAGGACACUCUCGCCGGUUUUCCCAUCAAGCAGGUGGUCCCCGCUCUAAUCCAACUUCUACGCAUGGAGCACAACUUUGAUAUCAUGAACAAUGCGUGCAGGGCAUUGGCCUACAUGCUGGAAGCAUUGCCCCGAUCCUCGGGCACCGUGGUUGAGGCGGUGCCUGUCUUUUUGGAGAAACUUCAGGUCAUCCAGUGCAUGGAUGUGGCGGAACAGAGCCUGACCGCCUUGGAGAUUCUCUCCCGGCGCCACAACAAGGCCAUCCUGCAGGCAAAUGGCAUCUCGGCCUGUCUCACCUACUUGGAUUUCUUUUCGAUUGUCGCCCAGCGGGCAGCGUUGGCAAUUGCUGCGAAUUGCUGCCUGAAUAUGCAUCCGGAGGAAUUUCACUUUGUGGCGGAGAGCUUGCCGCUACUGGCUCGCCUGCUGUCGCAGCAGGACAAGAAGUGUGUGGAGAGUGUGUGCUCGGCGUUCUGCCGCCUGGUGGAGAGUUUCCAGCACGACAGUCAGCGUUUGCAGCAGAUCGCCAGUCCGGAUCUGUUGAAGAACUGCCAGCAACUGCUGCUGGUCACACCGGCCAUCUUGAACACGGGAACCUUCACAGCCGUCGUCCGGAUGUUGAGUCUGAUGUGCGGCAGCUGUCCCGACCUGGCCAUCUCGCUGCUCCGGAACGACAUAGCCGCCACCCUGCUCUAUUUGCUCACCGGUAAUGCAGAGCCGGCUGCUGCCAGUGCCACGCAUGUGGAGCUGAUCGCUCGCUCACCUUCAGAGUUGUACGAACUGACAUGCCUCAUUGGUGAGCUCAUGCCGCGUCUACCUUUGGAUGGGAUUUUCGCUGUGGACUCGCUACUGGACCGACCAACGCUCAACACUCAGGAUCAGGUGCACUGGCAGUGGCGUGAUGAUCGUGGCUCUUGGCACAACUAUUCUACGAUCGAUUCGCGCCUAAUUGAGGCUGCCAAUCAAAGUAGCGAGGAUGAGAUCAGUCUCAGCACAUUUGGACGCACCUACACGGUGGACUUUCAUGCCAUGCAACAGAUCAACGAGGACACGGGCACCACGCGUCCCGUUCAGCGUCGCAUCAACCACAACUAUGUGGCUCCCAUGUCGGCCGGACAGGACUUGACCACCACCACUGCUGCAGGAUCAGCGGCUUCGGGUGGAGCAUCCACGUCCGCUGCUGCAGCGGCUGCCGCCUCCAAUAAUAACAACAACAACAACAAUAAUAAUCCACCAGGGAAUAGUGGCAAUCAAGUGAAGCGCCGUCCAUCGCUGGACGCUAGAAUCGCAUGCCUCAAGGAGGAGCGUGGUCUCGCUGCGGACUUUAUCAAACACAUCUUUAAUGUGCUGUAUGAGGUGUACAGCUCGUCGGCCGGACCGAAUGUGCGCUACAAAUGCCUGCGCGCCUUGUUGCGAAUGGUGUACUAUGCCACGCCGGAGUUGCUGCGGCAGGUGCUCAAGUAUCAGCUGGUGUCCAGCCACAUUGCCGGCAUGCUGGGCAGCAACGAUCUGCGCAUUGUGGUGGGAGCCCUCCAAAUGGCUGAGAUCCUCAUGCGCCAGCUGCCCGAUGUGUUUGGCACUCACUUCCGUCGCGAGGGUGUCAUCUAUCAGUUCACCCAGCUGACGGAUCCGAACAAUCCCAUAUGCGCCAAUCCGUCGCCGAAGCCGCUUAGCACAACAGCCACGCCCACCGCCAAUGCAGGCGGCUCACAAUCGGCUCCGGCCUCCGCCAACAGUCUACAGGUGAAUCCCUUCUUCAUGGACAGUGCUCCGGGAUCGUCGAGUGCCUCGGCAACUCCCAGCAGCAGCAGCAGCAAGCAUCAAUCGUACAGCGUGAAGAGCUUUUCGCAUGCCAUGAACGCGCUGACGGCCAGCGCUAAGGGAACUCCGACCGGUGCAUUGGACGCCACGGGAUCCUCGACUCCGGCCGGUGGCUACAACUACAGCAGCUCGGCGCCUUCGUCAUCCUCGACGGCGGCUGGUGGUGGUGGAGCACCCGCUGCCUUCUUUGUGGCCCAGCAGGGUGAUCCGCGCCAGUAUGUGCACUUCCAGCAACCGGCAGUUCCUCCACCGCCACCACAAUUGGAGCUUCUGCCCACUGGAGUGCAGCAACAAGGGCAACAGCCGGUGCCCCAGGUGAUUUACCAGUCGCAGCAGCCGCAGCAGCAGCAACAGCAGCCCGCCCACUUGGUGGUGGCCUCGACUAGCAGUGCCGCUGCUUCCGCCUCCGCGUCCUCGUCUUCGUCCUCCUCGUGCUCCGCCUCGGCGCUGCAGCACAAGAUGACGGACAUGCUAAAGCGAAAAGCGCCACCCAAGCGUAAAUCGCAGAGCAGUGGCCGUGCCAAGUCCAGGCAGGAAGAUGCGGCAGUCGCCGCUGCGGCCGCCGGAUCCGGAGCAGGAGGAGCACCACCUGCCUCGGCCAGUUCGGCUAUGCACGAACUUCUCAGCCGUGCCACAAGUUUGGGCAGCGGCACUGGUGGCAGGAGUACGCCCAGUUCGGGCAGUGGUUCUGGCAGCUCCAAGUCUCGCUUUAAUGCCGGAAACUCGACCAACGCCGGCUCGAGUAAAUCCUCGUUCCUGGCUUCGCUCAAUCCGGCACGUUGGGGCCGCCAGACGGCCCAUCAUCAUCACCAUCACCAGCAGCAGUCGCAGCAGCAGCAGCAUCAUCAUGGCCUUUCCAAAGACUCCGGCAAUGCCAACUCAAGUGGAUCCGGGUCUGGAGCUGGUUUGGCUUACACGGUGAGCCAACAUGGCGCUAGUAGUGGAUCUGGUGGACUGAAUGCAGCAGCCGUUGCCGCAAGCAUCAGCAAGAGCAUCUCCCAUGCCAAUCUCCUGGCGGCGGCCAACAGGGAAAGGGCACGUCAGUGGGUGCGAGAACAGGCUGUGGACUUUGUGAAGCGCUACACCGAACAGGAGGCCAGGCGGAGCAAGGCAGCCUCGGAGAGUGGAGGAGCAAACCAAGGCGGAGGUGGCGCAGUGGGACUCUCAUCGACGGGCAGUACGCCGCUGUCCACGGCGGGUAGCACCAAUGUCUUGGAGCGUUUGUCCAGCAUUCUGUUUAAGCUCAACGGCAGCUACCACGACUGCCUGGAUGCGCUCCUCGAGCUGAAGACCAUCCUGCUGGAGAGCGACAUCUCUCCGUUCGAGGUGAACCAUUCGGGCCUGAUCAAGGCCAUGCUCAACUACAUGACCAGCGAGUCGGGACUGGUGGAGCGAGAUGCGCGCCUGCGCAGCUUCAUGCACGUAUUUGCCGGCCUGCCACUGGAGCCCCUGCUCCAGAACGUCGGCCAGUUGCCGACCAUUGAGCCACUGGCCUUUGGCGCCUUCGUGGCCAAGUUGAACGGCUGCGUCACGCAACUGGAACAGUUUCCAGUCAAGGUCCACGACUUUCCCGCCGGUCCUGGUGGCAGGUCCAAUCAGAGUGCGCUGCGCUUCUUCAACACGCACCAGCUGAAGUGCAACCUGCAGCGUCAUCCGCAGUGCAGCAAUCUGCGUCAGUGGAAGGGCGGCACUGUGAAGAUCGACCCGUUGGCCAUGGUGCAGGCCAUUGAGCGGUACCUGGUGGUGCGCGGCUACGGCGGCAUACGGGCGGACUCGGACGACGACAGCGAAGAGGAUAUGGACGACAAUGUGGCAGCUGUGGUGAUGACCCAGGCGGGAUUCAAGCACAAGCUGCAGUUCACGAUCGGCGAUCAUGUGUUGCCCUACAACAUGACCGUCUACCAGGCGGUCAAGCAGUUCUCGCCGCUGGUCAGUGAGCAGCCGGAGACGGACAACGAAUCGGAGACGCUGUUGGGUAACGCCAGCAUUUGGGUGCAACAGCACACCAUCUACUAUCGUCCCGUUGAGGAGGAAGUCGCUUCGGGAACGGGAGCCGGUGGAGCAGCCUCCAGCAGCAGCAGUUCGUGCAGCAGUGGUGUACAAAAGCAGCAAAGCUCCUCCAGUUCCGCCUCCAGCUAUGCGAACGCCUCGUCGUCGUGCUCCUCAUCGUCGGGAGUGGCCAGCGGUGGCGGAUCGUCGUCGAAGAAGGCCCACAAGUCCAGCAGCAAGUUCAUGCGCAAGAAGACCGAACUGUGGCACGAGGGCAUAGCUCCUGGAGUCAUGUCGGCCCUAAAGCCCUUCCUCUGCAGCUCGCUGCCAGGUGAUGUGGUGACCGUGCAGGAUUCCUCGCUGGAUGCAUUGUGUAUGCUGCGUGUGAUCCAUGCUCUCAAUCGCCACUGGGAGCAUCUGUACGGGUGUGUGGUACGCCAGAACAUCAUUCCCCAGUCGGAGUUUGUGCAUCCGAAGAUUACGGCCAAGGCCAACCGACAGCUGCAAGAUCCGCUCGUCAUCAUGACGGGCAACCUGCCGCAGUGGUUGCCACAGAUCGGCAUGGCCUGUCCCUUCCUGUUCCCCUUCGAAACGCGACACCUGCUCUUCUACGCGACCAGUUUCGAUCGGGAUCGUGCUCUGCAGCGUUUGCUGGACACCACACCCGAUUUGAAUGCCGCCGAGUCUUCUGAACGCGUGGCUCCGCGUCUUGAUCGCCGCAAGCGUGCAAUUUCCCGUACGGAGAUCCUCAAGCAGGCCGAACACAUCCUGCAGGACUUUGGUCACUCCAAGGCCUUACUGGAGAUUCAGUAUGAGAAUGAAGUUGGUACGGGAUUGGGACCUACGCUGGAAUUCUACGCCUUGGUCUCUGCCGAGCUGCAGCGCACGGAUUUGGGUCUUUGGAAUGGAAGCGACAGCUACAAACAGAACUCGGUGACCAUUGUGGAUGUGGUGAAGGCCAACAGUGCAGUGCUGCACAUUGAGGAUGCCCUCGAGGCAACCACCAUGGACCAGAGUCCUCCGGCAACGGGAGAUGCAUCGCUUGUCAGCAGUACCACCAACACGAUGAUGACAACCACGCAGCAGCAGCAGCAGCAGCUUCAUCCACCCACCCGAUCCAGCAGCCGAUCGCAUGUUUUGCGCAGUGGAGCUGCUGCUGGCCAACAGCAGAUGUCGCAGCCAGUGGAGCACAGCUCCUCCAGUGCCGGCGUCAAUGAGAACGCUUUAAAUAUGAUUAUCGCACAGCAAUACAGUGAUAUAAACUCUGCUGAUCCGGCAGCAACUGAUAAUCCUAGCAGCACCACCACCACCACCACCACAACCAACACAACCACAACCAGUGUGGUGGAGCAGAACACCAACACGAAUCAUUCGGGCAACACGACGACCACGACCACAAGCAUGACGAGCUAUGUGCAUGCGGUGCACGGCCUGUUCCCCCUGCCACUGGGUAAAUCCUCGAAACUUCCGCAAAUGACCAAGGCCAAGGCCAAGUUCAAGUUCUUGGGCAAGUUUAUGGCCAAGGCGGUAAUGGACAGUCGCAUGUUGGACUUGCCCUUCUCGUUGCCCUUCUACCGCUGGCUGGUCAGCGAAGAGCACUCGAUUGGCCUGGCCGAUCUGAUGCGUGUGGCUCCCGAGGUGCAGAACACUCUGGUUCGUCUGCAGGAUAUGGUACGCCAGCGGGAGUACAUUCUCUCCGAUCCAAACAUCGAUGCUAUGGAGAAGACGGAGAAGAUCGAACAGCUGGACCUGGAUGGUUGUCCCAUCGCAGAUUUGGGCCUGGAUUUCGUGCUGCCCGGACAUGCCAACAUCGAGUUGUGUCGUGGCGGUCGCGAUACACCAGUUACUGUCCACAACCUGCACCAGUACAUCUCGCUUGUGACCUACUGGUUCCUCAUCGAGGGUGUCCAGAAGCAGUUCGAGGCGCUGCGUGAGGGUUUCGAUUCCGUCUUCCCGAUUCAACGUCUGCGCAUGUUCUAUCCAGAGGAGCUGGAGUGCGUCUUUUGCGGAUCAGCCAGCGAGCAGCAACAACAGCGCUGGGAAGCCAAGAUGCUGCAGGAAAGCUGCCGCACGGAUCACGGAUUCCACCAGGAGUCGCAGGCCAUCCAAUAUCUGUACGAAAUCCUGGCUUCGUAUAAUCGCGACGAGCAGCGCGCCUUCUUGCAGUUUGUGACGGGAUCGCCACGUUUGCCGACUGGCGGAUUCAAGGCGCUGACACCGCCACUGACUAUUGUGCGCAAGACGCUGGACGGAAACCAAAACCCCAAUGAUUACCUACCAUCUGUGAUGACCUGUGUCAACUAUCUGAAGUUGCCCGACUACUCAAGUCGCGAUGUGAUGCGGCAGAAACUGAAAGUGGCCGCCAACGAGGGCAGUAUGUCCUUCCACCUUUCGUAAGCAGGCAACGGAGCAAAAAAAAAAAACCCCCUCUUCCCAUUAAGAAAAGAAUUCUGCAAGCAACUACACAAAUGGGAACUAAAGAACACUAUGUGGGAUAUAUUCAGUCGGCUAUAUUCGAAGCGCUAUCAAUUCGCUUAGAGCAUGGCUUAACUGGAUGCAUCUUAUUUGUUUGUUUUUCUUACGAAAGUUACUUUCGCUGCGCGCGCUUCUUCCAGCACCUUCACUUACUUUUCCCCUCUUGGCAAGCGCGCGCGCCCUGCUAAAUUUCAAUAUAAAUAUAUAAUUCAAAAAUAUAUUUUUAAUACCGAGUUUUGCAAAAAAAAAAAAAAAUAAUAAAAUAAAGAAAACGUAAGAAAAGAAAUGGACAAGAAUAAGAAUGCCGAAGGAGAUGAAGUCAAGAUGGAAUCUAAUGAUUGAAACACCCUCUCCCAUCAAAUGUUACCUUAAAUAAAUUGAAUAGUAAAAAAUUGAUUGUUCAAUUCCCGAUUAUUUGUCCAACCGAACGCACAGAAUGGUAAAUUGUCAACCUGAGCCUGGCGUUCUAGUUAAAUUUGUUUUAGUUUUGCUUUUCUCCCAUUCUUAUUACUCUCAUGCUAAUUUUAAUAUUUACUGAUUUACUGUAAUCAAAUAACUAUUUUAUUAAGUUUUUUUUAUUUGUUAUGUUGAACAUUUUUCUCUGGCGUUUAAAUAUGAGUUUAAUUAAUUUGUAAGCAUAAAAUGUGCAUAAACGCUUAUUAGUAACAAAAAUGAUUGAAAGUAGUAUGAGAAGGAGUAACUGCAGCAUUGGAGGUCAACGAGUAGUCCUUCCAGGAAAGAGGGGGAAGUUCAUCAUUAUUUAAAUAUAGCAACCCAAAACAAAAUGAUCUAAAUAAAAAAACGCCCACCCUUGAAAGUUACAUUUAAAGAAUUAAUAAUAAUUAAACAUAAAUAUACCAUAAUGAACUAUAUUUCAUGCCUACAAGAAAAUUUAAUGCAAAUUCUGCAAGCUGUGUUACAAGAAAAGAGUUAAGGAAAACAAAAGCCAUCAUUAGGUGGGUGUAUGUUUAAUUUGAAAAAAAUAAGAAGAUGCAUUAAGGGAAAGUGGAUGAAAUGAAGUUAGUUUUUAGUGCGUCCCUCUUACAUAAACUAUGCAUACAUAUAUAAAAAAAAAUAUAUUAUAUUUAAACUGUAACAUUACAUAACUUUAUUGUACUUGAAGCAUAUACAUAAAUUUUGUGUUGUCUAACAGAAAACGGAACAGAAUGCUAAUAAAUAAAUCAAAUAAACAUGGAUUAACAUAAAAA